CAGAAAGCCGACGCCUUCGCGCCAAAACGGUGAGCAAAGUGUCUUGUGAACAUUCGAGAUGUUUUUAUAAUAUUUAUUGGUCAUUUAGACAUAUAUUUUUAAAAUUACUUAUACAUUUUUAUUGAUAAUUGAACGAAAAUGAAGGACUUAACUCAUUAUUUAGUGGAUGCUGUUAAAUGUAGUGAAAAUUCUGUUGAAACAGCUAGUGAGGUUAUAGAAGAGUUACAAACAAAUGUGAAUGGAAAUACUAAUCAAAGAAUUGAAAAACGAAGUAGAGUUAAAAUAAAAAUAACUAAAUCAAAUUCCCACGGUAAAAUAUGUGAAAUAGUUAAAAGUAAAGAUGAUUUAAUUGAUAAAACACCUAGUCCAUCGCCGGCUUCAUCGAGAAAAACUAGAGGUUCAUUGAAGAGUGCAUUGAAUGAAACUCCAACUAAUUCUAAUUCAAAAAAUAAAAUAAAAUACAAUGAAGAAAUUCAAAUGAUGAAUUUAGAUUUAUCAGAUGAAAGUAUUUAUAGUCCUCCGAAAAGAACAAAUUCUUCAAUAUCUCCGAUAAAGAGAUCUAAUAAUCAAAUGGUUAUGAUGAAAGAAGAAUCAAAUGCUUUUCAAAUUUUAAUGACUCGUGAUAAGCCAAAUAAAAAUAUGUUUACUAAUCAUUCAACUUCUGAUAAGUCUAUAAACGAAAUAAAAGAUAAUAAUGAUAUCAUGAGUAAAUUUGAAAAAACUAAAGAAAAAUUAGCUCCUGCAGAUAACCGACUAUACUCUAAAAGAAAAUUAAAUGAUGAAGAAGAAGAAAUUAAAAUAGAAGAAGAGCUGAACAAUCGAACAAAAAUAUUCAAACGAAACAGUAAUGAUAAUGUUCAAAAUAAUUCUACAUCUCUAAAUCAAAGGAUAUCAACUCCACAAGGAUUCCAUAGUUAUUUUACUAAAAUUGUAUCCGAAGAAAAAGAAAAUCCGCAAGAUAAAAGCCAAUUAACUCUAGUUGAUUCUAUGAAUAAUAAAAUUAAUGGGCAUAAGUCGACAGAAAAUUUUAAUAAAUUAAAACAUAACAAACAUGAAAAGAAAAUUAAAAAUUCACAAUCCAAUUCAAACUCACCAAUAAUUGUGAAUGAGCAAGAAAGUAAUGAUCCAAUUCAAAAUCGACUUAGAAAACAGCGAUGGUCUUUAAGAAUAAAUUUACCGUUAUCAGAUGACGACAGUGACAGUGAAACCAAAAAAUCAUCGAUAAAUGGUGAUGAUGAUAGUAAUGAUCUAUUGUUUGGUAAAAAAAUAAAAUCUAAAGAAAAAUUGAAAAAGCAAAAUCCAGAAAAAGAGAAAAAAAGGAAAGUUAACAAAAAAUCUAAAGUCUUUACAAGAAAUACAUCUUCAGAAUCUGAUGACGUGAAAAAUAAUACAGAUAUCGAAAUAAUUGAAUCAAAAAUAUCAAAAAGGCCACCAAAUGAAAAGCUGGCACCUUUAUUUGUGAAAAAGCCAAAACCUGAUCCUAAUGUGAUAGCAGCUCGACAAUUAUUUUUGCAUUCACAAUCUCCCGAGAAAGAGAGAAAAAAACUUGAAAAAAUAAAUAUGAAUCCCAAAACAUUAACAUUAUCGUUUCCAACUAUUUCUCAUGUCACUCAAAUUGAAAAAACUGGAAGUAGUUCAUUAGCAGACUUGAAAUAUUGUUUCAAAGAAUUAACAUCUACUUACAAUCCAACGUUUAAUAUUACAGACUUUAAAUCUGUUAUUAACUUAAAUAAUUCUGCUCUAAUAAAAAGUAGUCAAUCAAAUAAGUUAAUAAAACAAGAUUGUGAUCUUGAAGAAGUAUUAAAAGAAAUCGAAGAACAAUGUACAGAUGUUAGAGAAAUGUGGACCAAGAUAUGUGCAAUGACAAAUAAGCAAAAUAAUAUUGUAUCUCCAAAAAGGCGAGGAAGAAAGAAAAAGUCUGUCGAUGGUGGAGUUAAUGUAGUUGCUGAAACGAAUAAUAAUGAGAAUGACGUUUGGACCCAAAAAUACAAGCCUUUGAACACCAAAGAAAUUAUUGGAAAUGAAGAAGCUGUUAUGAAAUUGAAAAAUUGGCUUAAUUCUUGGUCUCUUUCAGCGAAUAAUGAUGACUACAGUAGCAGUGAAGAAUUUUAUAACUCCGAUAAUAGUCGAUCUUGUAAUGCUCAAAGUAGUCAACAAGUUGCUGUUCUUCUAGGACCUCAUGGCAGUGGUAAAACUAUUAGUGUUUAUGCAAUUGCCGAAGAAUUAGGUUAUAAUGUCUUAGAGGUUAAUGCAUCAAGUAAACGACCUGGUCGAAAAAUUCUAAAAGAUCUUGAUGAAGCUACAAAAUCACAUCGAGUUAAAAAUUCUGAUUUGAAAUCAAUAUUCCAACAAACAGAUUUGAAUGAGAAAAAAGUUCAAAAAAACUCUUUAAUAUUGUUUGAGGACGUGGAUAUUAUCUUUGAUGAAGAUGAAGGAUUCAUAUCAGCUGCUUAUCAGUUAGCAUCAAAUACUAAACGACCGAUAGUAAUGACUUGUAGAGAUUCAUGUACACAUUUAAGUAGAAUGGCACCGCAACAACUAAAGAUUUAUUUUCAAGCUACUCAAGGAUCAAGAGCGCUGGCAUUUUUGGAUUUGAUUAGUUUAGCUGAGGCUGGAACUCGUUUACCACGAUCGUGCUUAGAUAAAUUUUUAAUUAAUGGAGAUUUGAGAAAAGCUUUACUUCAACUUCAAUAUUUAUUAGCAUCAGAAACACCAUCAACAUUUCUGCCAUCGAAUGAUUUCCGUGAAACCCUAUGGCAAGACAUGAGAAAUUAUUUAUACAAACCAACAGUUAAAUUACAUAAAAAACGAAUUAAGAAAAAAAGUAAAGCAGCAUUAAAAGAAAGUGAAAUUAGCAGUCAAGAUUCAAAUAAUAAGAAUAUAAUUCAUGAUUUAGCCAAUGACUUGGAUACAAUAUCAAUCAUUUCAUCAUUAGUCGAUGUUAAUGAUAGUAUUUUAAAUGUAUCUCAAUUAAAAUUUGAGCCAAGUUUAUCUUUAGAAGAAAAUAUGUCUUAUUAUUCAAUCAAUCAUGUACGAAGUAUAGAAAUUGGUGAAUGGCUAAGACAUCAAACGAUGUCAAAAUAUGCUUCAGAUGUUGAUGAUGUUGAUCAUUCCAAAGUCGUGAAACAAUUAUUGUUGAAGAAAGAAUUAAAUAUUGGAGUAGAUACAGCUUUAUCGCAAAUUUCAAUGCACACAUUAGAUUCUAGAAUAAUGGCAGUUGAUUAUUUGCCAGCUACUCGUACGAUAUGUAGAGCAGAAGAAUUAAAGUCAACAAAUAAUACUAAACGAGGCAAUAGAUUUUUCCAUUAUUUACAUAAUUUUAGACUACCUUCUGGCUCUUUGAAACCAACUAUUUUAGCAGCUGCAUGUAAAGUAAUGCAAGAAAAACUUUGAAUAAUUAUAUUUUGUUUGAUAAAAUUUAUUGUAUAUUAUUAUUAUUAUUAUUGCUAUUUAUAAAAUUAGAAAUAGUUUUAAUGAUGGAUGUAAUUGUUAAUCAUGAAAAAAGAAAUAAC